AUGUCAUGCUCAUACAUCAUUUCGGGAAUUGGCUUCCUAAUACUUGGCCAUAUCAUAGCAUUAAUGCUUUACAGGCUGUAUUUGCACCCCUUAGCCAAGUAUCCAGGUCCGUUCUGGGCACGGAUCUCGGCAUUCCCAGCCUUUUAUUACACUCUCAGACAGGAUCGACACAUCUGGUUCUGGAAGUUACAGGAGAGAUACGGCCCAACCUUUCGUAUCACUCCGAAUAGUGUUCUGGUCAACACCCCUACCGGCCUAGAGGCCAUCUACAACAGCAAGGCAAAUGUCAAGAAGGCGGAAUAUUACAGAGUAUACCCACGUAAUAUCCAUGCUGUUACAACUUGGAAUAGCAUCGAUAAGACUACCCAUGCUCGAAAACGGCGAGUUAUGAGCCAUGCUUUUUCUGAUAAAGCACUUCGCUCGUGCGAACCUCUUAUUCAAUCCAACAUCGACCGAUGGGUUCAGCUACUGGAUCAAGAGAUUGGAGAGAAGAAACGGUCUGACUCAUUGAAUAUGGCUCGAUGGGCUGAUCAUCUUGUCUUUGAUACCCUAGGCGAGUUAUGCUUUGGUAAAUCCUUCGGUAUGAAGGAACAUGAUAGUGAGUUACGGCAUAUUCCAACGCUUAUGACUGACUUUAUGUCCACGAUUCAUCCGAUUGCCUACUCCCCAUUCGCUUAUCUCUGGGCAUGGCUGAAGCCCAAUGGCCUAGACUACCUUCUCGCAGCUAUUGCGCCUCCAGCCUUGAGCAAGUGGCAAACGUUUGUCGAGAAAUGCUUUACUCAGAGAACUCAGCUUGAAAAUGAGGCGCGAGGGGUAGGUAAACUGGGUACUGAAAGUCGAAAGGAUUUCUUCCAUUAUCUCUUUCAUGCAAUUGAUCCUGAUACUGGAAAGGGCUACAGCAGCGAUGAGCUUUUCGGAGAGUGUGAGUCUCUGCUUAUUGCUGGCUCCGAUACGUCUGCCAUAAGUCUCGCUGCUGCUUUCUUCUAUCUUACAAGAUACCCUCUUCUCGCUGCUGAGUGUGCGAUCGAUACUCGAAACUGCGCCUAUAGCUAUUUGGCACCAAUGAUCACGAUCAUUCGGUCCAAAAAGCUCUAG